CGACGGUCGGCCAGUGAGGUACGUUGCUGUGGGAGGAAAAGCAGUCGCGUUUCGGCAGUGUUUUCAGCACCAGGAGGAACUCCUGGACGAGCUCGUUGAGUGUGGGAGACUGAGGGAAGGAGCCCAGUGUGGUAGAAAGUGCGGGGGCGCCCGUGGCGAGUGGGUGAAGAAAAGCGCCAUUUCCAGAGAUAUUUCUCAUACUCCUCUGUGUGUGCGUGUUGGAAUGGAAAGAUACGAGUGUGGUGUGAAAAUCAAGUGAGAGACUUUCCGUGAACUCAGCCGGCAACAGUGUGCCCCACUUGGGCGUUCACCACCCAGUGCGCUUCGCGUCCGGACCGCUGAGUCAUCGAGAGAGCCUGCGAAGAGGAAGGGUGCUGCUGGUGGACAAGAGUGACUUGGGACUUUUGCUGAGAAAUGGCGUCGCUCAAUGACAGACUGCUCGCGGCUCGGCACAGUUUGGCCGGGCAGGGCCUCGCCAAGUCCGUGUGCAAAGCCACCACCGAGGAGAUGAUUGGGCCCAAGAAGAAGCACUUAGACUAUUUAGUACACUGUACCAAUGAGCCGAAUGUGUCAAUACCGCAUUUGGCUAAUUUACUCAUUGAAAGAUCACAAAAUACCAAUUGGGUGGUGGUCUAUAAAGCUCUCAUCACAGUCCAUCAUUUACUGGCAUAUGGAAAUGAGAGAUUCAUGCAAUAUUUAGCAUCAAGUAAUUCAACAUUUAAUUUAAGCAAUUUCCUCGAUAAAGGAGGUGUUCAAGGAGCUGUUGGAGCACGCAUUGAUUUAUCUUCAAGGGAUAGUAGCAUUGGAUACGAUAUGUCGCCCUUUAUUCGGCGAUAUGCAAAAUACUUAAACGAGAAGGCAUUGUCCUACCGUACAGUGGCCUUUGACUUCUGCAAGAUGAAGCGUGGCAAGGAGGAGGGCACCAUCAGGACAAUGAAUGCUGACAAAUUGCUGAAGACUCUGCCGGUGCUUCAGGCGCAGCUUGAUGCUCUCCUCGAGUUUGACUGCACAGCGAAUGACCUGACAAAUGGUGUUAUCAGUAUGUGCUUCACGCUACUCUUUCGCGAUCUUAUUCGACUGUUUGCAUGCUACAAUGAUGGCAUUAUAAAUCUGCUGGAGAAAUACUUUGACAUGAACAAGAAGCAGUGUCGCGAUGCUCUGGACUUGUACAAGAAGUUCCUGGUGCGGAUGGAUCGCGUUGGGGAGUUCCUGAAGGUGGCGGAGAAUAUGGGCAUUGAUAAGGGUGAAUUGCCGGACUUGACGAAGGCGCCCAGCUCUCUAUUGGACGCCUUGGAGGGCCAUUUGGCGUUCUUGGAGGGCAAGAAGGGCUCAGCCGCCAAUACACCCACUCAGACAGCGAGCAACCAAAAGAACGUAAAGAGUGGUGUGUCUGCCCUCUCUUCUACCAGUUCAUCGUUUGGAACGGCUGCAGCGUCGGCACGAUUUGAUAAUCACACAAAUGGGAUCGAUGAGGCGCUCAAGGCCCAGGCGCUGGCGGAAGAGGAAGCCGCAAUGAACCAGUACAAGUCGAAAGUUUCGUCACCCGGUGGCCCCAAUUCAUCCACAAAUCCCUUCCUAUCAUCACCACCGGCCACACAGACGUCAGCCCCGAUUGUGGAUCUGUUCGGGGGCUCGCCGAGUGGCGAGGGCGCGGCGAAGGCGAGUGAAGCCAUUCCUUCAGCAUCGUCCAAGGCCUCGGAUGAUCUACUCCAGUUGGGCAAUCCCUUCGCUGACAUCUUCUCGGCACCGCCAACUGCCACCACGGCGGCUCCUGUGGUGCCCGGCAUGGCCCAGCAAGCGCCCGCUGGCAAUAUGUGGAUGAGCAAUGGAUUCAAUGGAACAGCUGGCGCUGCUCCACAAGGAGGCAACACAUUCGUCUCGGACAGCAAUUUCUCCUCAGUGUUUGGAUCAACAGAACCUGCUGCCAUGGAGAAUCCCUUCAUGCUGGGCGACGGUGGAGCGGCGAUGGGCCAGAAGCAAGGGUUCGAUGCACUGGGGGACGUACUAAAACCGGGCACUCUCGGUGGUGCAGCUGGUCUCACGGCUCAAACAAGUGGUCUCCCAUCUGCAGGUCCACAGGCGGCUGGCCAGGCGGCUCAGCCCACGUCGGCGACAGGCAAAGUGCUCACCGGCGACCUGGACAGCUCCUUGGCAUCUCUCGCUGAAAAUCUCACCAUCAACAAGAGCGCCUCGGCUCAAGUGAAGGGCGGCAUGCAGUGGAACUCCCCGAAGAAUGCGGCAAAGCCGGGGGCAAAUUGGACACCACAGCCAAUGGCGGCGACAACUGGAGCAGGAUAUCGUCCAAUGGCGCAAGGCAUGCCAGUUCCUCCAAGUCCCAGCACAAUACAUCCGUUAGUACACGCUCCUUUUCCCGCUAUGACACCGUUCCUGAAUCAGCAGGGAAUGGCGCCCAUGAGACCACCGAUGAUGGGGGCUCCGAUGGCGGGUGCGAUGCCGGGAAUGAUGCCAGGACAGCCUGGCAUGGCGGGAAUGAUGGCACAGCCACAGGCGCCGGGCAUGAUGGUGCCUCAGGGACAGGUGGCUCCCACUCAGGCUCCCACUGGAGUUCCUCAGCAGGCCAAUGUCCAGCUUGAUCCAUUUGGAGCCCUCUAAAGGGGGUGUCCUGACUCAAAUCACAGUUAAUUAUUUAUUCGUCCGGGUUCGAGAAAGGAAUGCAACUCAAUUUUUCUUGGAAAUAACGAGAGCCAGAGAGAACAGAGCGAGAGAGAAUAGAAAAUUCUCUAGAAGAGAAAGUAGAAUCUAAGUUCUUGUUGAAACAAAACAAAAAAAAAAUCAUUGAACAUCUCUAUACAGCAAAUUUAGAAUCCACUUAGAGAGGGACUUUCAUUUGAUAUGGAUUUAGGGAUACGUUCGAAACGAAUUUCUGUGCAUAGGAUGCAAAUUGCAUCAAGAUUUUUCCUUUGCCUCAUUGUUACGUAAUUUUUCUUGUACAUUCAUCACCGCGUGGAAUUGUGGAGGGAGAAUUCUUGUUGAGACCACCAAAAGAAGAUAGAAGAAAGGUGAAGAGAAAUGUUAGUAAAAAUCAUCAUUCCAGUAAUUUUACUUCAGCAAAAGCGAUAGUGAAGAGCAACGUUUUAUCUUUUCUCUGCAGAAAACAUUAAAUAAAUGAAAAAAAGAUGGUCAUUCAGUAUUUAAUAGUGAGGAUGUAAUUUAAGAGGAUGUAUAAUCUUUUCUGUAGAACGUAGUUGAAGUCGAUUGGCACACAGAGUAGUUGACGAUAAGGGAGAUGUGAAUGAGUUAGAGAUAAUUGUGCCAUUUUGCAGUGGAGCGCUAAAGAUAUGCAUAAUUGUGAGACUGCAAAAGAUUUGUCUGUUUAAUCGAAUACUGACUCUUUUGUGAUUUAGUUUUUCAUCGAUGGUGUUAUAUUUUUUGGGAAGACAAACACACGCGAUAGAGAAAUGGCAAAACAGAACAUGGUUUAACAACGUCAUUUGUUGAUGCAUGAAUUAAUUAUUUAUUUUCGCAUUCUCUUAAUUCACAAGCAUGAAGGAAAAAAAAUUGUAAAGAUGUAAACUGCUAAAAAGUAAAAGAAGAAGAUAUUUAAUGAUGCAAAAUGUUCCUCGACAAUAAAUUUAUCAAAAAAAAAAAAUGAAAUGAAAUGAAUCACACACAAGAGAGAAAGAAGCUAUAAUUGAAGGGAAUUUUCAGUGGAUGGAAGAAGAAACACUGAAAUAUGAAUUGAAAUAAUUGAUAUGGAUUAUUAGGAAGUGGUUAAAGAAUGACUAAAAUAUUCUUAUUGACUUUGAUUGAAUCAUAGUGAGAAAUAGUGAAUGAAGUAAUUUACUCUAAGUUAAUUAUACAUACGAAAAUUGUAUAUAAAUGAUUUAUUAUAUAUAUUUUUCUAUUAUUUUUUCCACCCUCUCCCGCAAGAAUUAUUUUCGAGGAAUAUUUAUAGAGAUGAAUAUAUAUUAUUUUUUACGUUUAAUUAUUGAAAUUGUAGAGAGACAAAGAAAUUUAUUGAAGAGAUAAAAUAAAUAAAAAAAUAUGUAUAUGGACUAUAAAUAUUAUAUAUAUAUAUA